AAAAAAUAUAAAUAGAAUAAAAUUUGUGAUACGUAAUAAACAAGAAACAAAUUUUAUCACCCCGGAGUCCGGACCUAUAGUUUUUCGUUUCCUAGUUUUUGUUUUUAAUAAUCACCCGUUAUCAAUUAUUUAAAUUUUAUAAAAAAUGUCGAACACGAAUAUGAACACCCCCUCUAUUUAUGAAUGUUUACUUUGUCAUCAAAAGUUUUCUUCUAUAAGUUUACUUUUAAGACAUGAAAAAAGUAAACACAAUGAUAAUAAAUUUAUACCUCACCGUAAUUCCCUUUACUUACCCCCUCCUGAGCUCAUUAUUCAAUAUCAAAAUGCUUUUAUAAUACAUAUUAAAAAGCGGCUUGAGCAUUCCAUUGGUUCCAAGAGUCUUUCAAUCGAUGCUUUGCCGGAAACUAUUUUUGUUCAUUUAUUUGAAUAUGAACCUACUUUUCGAUAUAGUCCGGCACAGCGAGAAUAUUACUGCGAAUUCCAAGGGAAGGAUGGAGAAGAAAGACUCAAGCAAAUACUUAAUUGCGAAUAUUGGAAUUUUCAGCAGGAUAAGACCACAGGAUAUGGUCUUAAUUUUAAUUGGUAUUUAUUUUAAUUGGUCACUAUUAGAACUAAACGAAAAUGGGCGAAAUUUGAAGUGUGGGAUUACAACUUGUACAUUUAUGGUUGAUUCUCGGGAAGAAAAUAAAUCUGAAACAAGUGAAUGCUCAAAUACAAAUCAGAUUAACUACCAUACAUCAAUUAUUUUUUUAUUUAUUUCAAUGUAUAUUAUUCUAGUUAUUCUAGCAACAAUUUUUUUAGGAAUAUU